UCGGGCCAGCGUGGUCUUCGUGACGGCUCUCGUGCCGGCGACGAUCGCGUGCAUCGAGGCGGCGCUCGAGGCGGGCAAGGACUGCCACACGGCAGCGAUGAGGCUGCGCGGGGAGCACAGCAAUGACGAGAGCGUGGACACGGCGAAGCCGGGGAGCCCUCAUCUACACGUGUGGAAAGAUUCGGUACGAGCGCUCCUCGGGAGUACCGAGGAAGGAAAAGCGAGAGAGAUUCUGACGGACUACUGGCGGAACCACAUCAUGCAGUACGAACUACAGGACAUGGCAGCGGAUGUGAAGUACUUUCGAGUGCGAGUACCGCAGGGCAAAGAGAAGAAGAAGAAUAAGAAGAAGAAGAAGAAGAAGAAGAAGAGCAAGCGCAUGGAGGGCAAGGUGAGAUCGCAGUGGGCGCUGGCGACGACAAACAAGAAAGCGGCGGAGCUGGACGGCGUGCUGCGCAGGGAGCUCACUCGUCAGGGAGCGGAGAUCACGAUCGGAGCAGCGCCGAGAGGAGUCUUGGAGAGGGACGCCAGAGCGUUCUUGAACAAGCUCGACGGAGGCUCCCAGCAGUAG